AACUCCACAAAAGACAUUUUUUUAAAAGGCUGAGGGAGAGCCUUGGGUGGGGUUGAGGGGCAGGUAGAUCCUCACAAACUCUAAACUUUCCAGAUAUCUCAGCCUCUUUACUCCAAUCUCUGAUAAACUGAUGGGGGAGAUGGAGUAAGAGCCAUGAAACACUUACCAAAGAAAAGACUUUUUUUUUUUCAAGGUUUGUGUUUAUAAUAAAAAAAAUUAACCCCCUGUCUCAAGUUUUGUCUCCUUAAAUUCAUCCUCUGUGUAGCCUCCACAGUAUAAAAAAACAUAUCAGCUACAUUUUUCUUCUCCUUCAAAUAUUUCAGUCACCAUCCUUGGGCCAGCUGAAAUGUCUUAACAUGGCACACAGAAUGCCUUUCUGUGGCCCGGUCCUGCCGCCUUUUCCAGGCUCACUCUUUUUAUGCCCUAUGAGCCCUUUGGAGGUGCUGUUUCUUGUCUCCGACAAGGUUUUAGAGUGGUAGUUUAGGGCCACUGGGCCCUACCUCUAAUAUCCUACUGACUACUCUCUUGCCUAGUUGAUUUUUCACUUGUUCCUUAAGACUUUAUAACUCUACCCUAUGUCACAUUAGUUUUUAAUUAAAUAUGUAUCUGUCUUUCCCACUAGAUGCACUCUUUUCAGGCAGAUAAUCGGUGGUAUUUACCUUUGUUUCCUAGGGCUGGUACGGUGACUAUUCAGUGGAAGUAUGAAUGAGUAGGUCAAAGAAUGUGUAAUUUUAGUACCAAGAUGGCAAGAAAAUUGAUAAAGGAAUCUAAACCAGAUAAGCUAGAAAAAACUUCUUUAAGAAGAUGAAUUUCAUUGGAAUAACUUUUUUUCUGCAUAAUCCCCUGAGAUAUUGGUAUCAACUUGACAGAUCCUAUGUUCAGAGGAAUUUAUAGGGGAGUUCAGAAGCAUCAAGAUGACCUGCAGGAUGUAAUAGAGAGAGCUGUUCAGAUUGGUGUUAAAAAGUUUAUGAUUACAGGUGGAAAUCUACAAGACAGUAAAGAUGCACUGCAUUUGGCACAAACAAAUGAUAUGUUUUUCAGUACAGUUGGCUGUCAUCCUACAAGAUGUGGGGAAUUUGAAAAGAAUAACCCCGAUCUGUACUUAACGGAGUUGCUAAAUCUGGCUGAAAACAACAAGGGGAAAGUUGUAGCAAUAGGGGAAUGUGGACUUGAUUUUGACCGACUACAGUUUUGUCCCAAAGAUACUCAACUCAAAUAUUUUGAAAAACAGUUUGAACUGUCAGAACAAACAAAAUUACCAAUGUUUCUUCACUGUCGGAACUCACAUGCUGAAUUUUUGGACAUAAUGAGAAGAAAUAGAGAUCGGUGUGUAGGCGGAGUGGUGCAUUCAUUUGAUGGUACCAAGGAAGCAGCAGCUGCUCUGAUGGACUUGGGUCUCUAUAUAGGAUUUAAUGGUUGCUCACUGAAAACUGAGGCUAAUCUGGAAGUGCUGAAGUCAAUACCUAGUGAAAAAUUAAUGAUUGAGACUGAUGCACCAUGGUGUGGAGUCAAAAGUACACAUGCUGGAUCAAAAUAUAUAAAAACUUCAUUUCCUACCAAGAAGAAAUGGGAAAACGGGCACUGUUUGAAAGACAGAAAUGAACCCUGCCAUAUAAUUCAAAUACUGGAGAUAAUGUCAGCAGUAAGGGAUGAAGAUCCGCUGGAACUAGCCAAUACCCUAUAUAACAACACCAUUAAAAUCUUUUUUCCUGAUAUAUAAUUGGCAUGUCUCCCCCAGUUUUCCAUCACGUAUGUAAAAUUUCUUGGUAAAACUUAAAAUGUUUCAAUAAAGGAGUUCUCUGGAA